AUGGUUGGUUUUGUACGAUCAACAUCAAGUUUAAAUUCAUCUGAUACACUUGAAAAAAGUAUUGGAAGUCUUGAUAAAAUGAAUCAAUUACGGCCAGAUGAUCGAACAUUAGAAGAUUUAUUUCAAAAAACAAUCGCAGCCAUGGAUUUACCACCGGAUAAAAUGAAAAUGUUACGUGAAUUUCCAGCUGAAAAGAAAUGGGAUAUUAUACGAGAUCGAGAUCAAGUUAUUGCUAAACAUCCACCUGAAUAUUAUAUUGAUGGUUUACAAACAUAUAUACGUGGUGCUAAUCUUGUUGAAAAAGCAGCAACUUUAAAAAAAAAACAACCAAUUGAACUUUCAACUCAAUUACUUUCAAGUUUAGAAAUUUCAUUACGUACAAAUAAUAUUGGAUGGGUACAUGAUUUUCUUAAUCAAUCAAAUAAAGGUCUUGAUGUUUUACUUGAUUAUUUAAAAACAUCAUUAGAAUUAAUGCGCGAAGUUGAAACAUCAAAUGAAUUAAAUAUUUCAUCAACAAUAAAUGGAAAUAAUCAUUAUACAGAUGAAAAUUCAAUAACAACAUUUAAACGAACAACAUUAGCUCGUUCGGAUGCUAAACGUUUACAUCGGAAAAUAAAAAAAUAUCAAAUUGGUGAAGCUACUGAUGAUGUUAGAUUAUGUAUUAUGUGUCUUCGAGCUAUUAUGAAUAAUCAAAAUGGUUUUAAUCUUGUUAUUCAACAUCCAUCUGCUCUAAAUUAUAUCACACUUAGUUUACAACAUAAAAAUUAUCGAUGCAAAGCAUUAAUUUUAGAAUUACUUGCUGCUGUAUGUUUAGUUGAAUUAGGUCAUGAGGUUAUCUUAGCAGCAUUUGAUAAUUUUCGUAUUGAAUGUCAAGAAAAACAUCGUUUUGAAAUUUUAAUGAAAUCAUUUACACAACCAUCAGAAUUUAAUGUUGAUUACAUGGUUGCUUGUAUGCAAUUUAUAAAUAUAAUUGUACAUUCAGUACAAGAUAUGAAUUAUCGUGUAUAUUUACAAGAAGAAUUUAAAUUACUUGGUCUUGAUGAAUGUCUUAAAAAAUAUUUGGAAGUUCAUAGUGAAUGUGAUUUAUUUAUAUUACAAAUUCAUGCUUUUCUUGAUAAUUAUUUUGAUGUUGGACAAUUACUUGAAGAUUCUGAAACAAAACAACAAGCUAUAGCUAAAGUAUCAGAAUUAGAAGAACAAUUAGGAAUUGUUAAUGAACGAAUGCAAGAACUUGAAAGUGGAAAUUUAAGUAAAAUUGCUGAACUGCAAAAAGCAUUAUCUUUCGCAGAAGAACAAAUGGAAAAUGCGAAGAAAGAACGUGAUGAUAUUUCACAUACGUUGAAUACAUUAAGACAAUGUCAGCAAGAACGAGGAUCCCUGAAUGGUUCAUCAUCAUCAAUAUCAUCAGCUCCACCUGGUGCACCUACAAGUGGAUCAAAUUAUUUAAACAAUAAGACAUCUACGAUAUCCAUUGUACCUCCUCCUCCCCCUCCGCCACCACCACCACCACCUCCAAAUUUUAUCCCACCACCUCCACCACCAGGGCCGCCUCCUCCAAUGUUUGGUAUUCCACCGCCACCCCCCGGUAUGCUUGACCCACCACCUGGAUCAAUGACAAUAAAAAAGAAAAUUGAAACAAAAUAUAAAUUACCUAAUCUUAAUUGGACCUCAUUAAAACCAGGACAAGUUCGUGGAACUGUAUUUUCUGAACUUGAUGAUGAAAAAUAUUUUAAAUUAAUUGAUUUUGAUACAUUCGAAGAAUUAUUUAAAACCGGUUCUGGUUUACCAGUUAAUCAAGCAAAUGUUAGUCCAUAUUUAAAACAAAAAUUUGUUAAAAUUCCAGAAAGUUUAACAUUACUUGAUCCACAAAGACAACGAAAUUUAGCUAUUGCUCGACGAAAACUUGAUCUUGAUGUGAAUACAAUAAUACGUGCAUUGAAUAAUCUUGAUUUAAAAAUUUUGACUACAGAUGCAAUUGAUAUAUUACAACAUUUUAUUCCAACUGAAUCUGAAAUAAAAGCAUUUACAUCCUAUUUAGCUGAUGGAAAAUCAGUAUUGAAUUUAUCUGAUGAAGAUCGAUUUUUAUAUGGACUUUCUAAAAUAGAAAGAUUAGCACAAAAAUUAAAUGUUGUUUCAUUUAUGGCUAAUUUUAAUGAUAUUAAUGAAAGUUUAACACCACAAUUAAAAGCAAUUAUAACAGCAUCAACAACAUUAAAAAAUAGUUCAAGAUUUAAAAAACUUCUUGAGAUUGUACUUGCUUUUGGUAAUUAUAUGAACAGUAGUAAACGUGGUCCAGCUUAUGGAUUCAAAUUAGCAAGUUUAGAAAUUCUAUCGGAUACAAGAACACAUGAUAAACGUUUAACAUUACUUCAUUAUAUUGUUCAAACAGUCGAAGAACGUUUUCCUGAUAUAUCACAUUUUGAUAUGGAACUUAAAUCAGCUGAAAAAGCUGCACAAUUAUCUUUGGAAAAUAUUCAAACUGAUGUUCAAGAUUUAACACGCGGUUUAGAUAAUGCAAAAAAAGAACUUGUUAUUCGACAAACAAUGAAAAAUGUGGAAACAAAUCCAUUAGAAGAUUUUCUUAAUAUUGCACAAGAUAAAAUUGAUCGAUUAAUUAAAGAUGCUAAAUUAGCACAAGAUUCAUUUAAUCAAUGUGUAGAAUAUUUUGGUGAAACACCACGUACACAAAAUCCAUCGAAUUUUUUCUCUGUUUUUGUUAAAUUUCAACGAGCAUAUCAACAAGCACGCAUUGAUAAUGAAGAACGAACACGUGUAGCUCGUGAAGCUGCUUUAUCUAUUGAUAAACCAAUUAAUAAACGACCAAUUAAUAAACGUUCACAGGAAGAAUUAUUGAAUGAACUAAAAGGACGUAAAGAAGCUAUAAAAGAUCAUAAAUUAAUCAAGCGUGAAGCGUUAACAGAUGGUACUAUUGAAACUUUAUUAGAUGAUUUGAAGAAAGCACCGUAUUUACGUGCUGAUGCUGCUCGUCGAAAUCGUCGUAAAACACAAGAAUUAAUGAAACAAAUCAGUCGUGAUGUUCUUGCCGGAGUUACAAAUGGAACAAAUACGAACUCUAAUAAUACACCUAAUGUUCAUUUUUAA